GGGCUAGGCGUGCGAAUGACGCAGUUUGGUGUGCGGGGAGGGAGCGGAGCGAGCAGCAGUGUAGGAAAGAGGAGGAAGCAGCGAGGAUGGCGGAGUCACACCUCUGAAGCAAAUCUUCGAGGGAUUAUAAAAACAACUGCGAUGACCUUUGCAGCCUGAAAGAACUUCUGUCUGAACAAGGUCCUGAGAUUGUAUGCAGUUCAAGAACUUAAGCAUGUGGACCAUGGAUGUCACAAUCCUGCUACUUAAAAGGAUUUUUUCUUCCAUGGCAUUUUAACAAAGCAACAAAAUAUAAAACUAUCCAAAAACCCUUGGAUCACUAGGCCUUUAUUUCAAGGAUAAUCAUAAAUGUGUGGGCCUGCACAGGGAUGUUUUCUUUAAAGGCCUGCUUGGCUGAGUGUGUCCCUUUUUUCCCAAAUAAGUAACCUGACAGAAGAGACUCCCAUGAGCAACUCUGCAAGGGGCCCGAUAACGUCGACAUGAGUAGUACUUUAGGCAAAGAAAAAGAUUCAAAAGAAAAGGACCCAAAAGGUGGUCCAGCCGGGAAAGAAAGGGAAAAGGAGACCAAGGCUCUGGCCAGUUUGGUCAAGGAUGGAGGCAAAGAAUCGAAGACCAAAGGGAAGGAUGCCAAAGAAGGAAAGAAGGACACCAGCAGUUCAACACCGGGUGUUGCCUUCUCCGUUGACAAUACCAUUAAGCGGCCAAACCCGGCAGCAGGUACUCGCAAGAAGUCCAGCAAUGCCGAGGUGAUCAAAGAACUAAACAAGUGCAGGGAGGAGAACUCAAUGAGACUGGACCUAUCUAAACGGUCCAUUCAUAUGCUACCCACUUCCAUCAAGGAGUUGACGCAGCUCGCUGAACUCUACUUAUACAGCAACAAGCUGCAGAGCUUGCCGGCUGAGGUGGGUUGCCUAUCAGGCUUGGUCACACUGGCCCUGAGUGAGAACUCCCUGACCAGUUUACCAGACUCCCUGGACUCCCUUAAGAUCCUUCGAAUGCUCGACCUGCGGCACAACAAGCUGAGAGAGAUACCGGCUGUCGUCUACCGGCUGAUGUCUCUGACCACGCUGUACCUGCGCUUCAACCGCAUCACAACAGUAGAGAAGGACAUCAGAAACCUGUCCAAGCUCACUAUGCUCAGCAUCAGAGAGAACAAGAUUAAACAGCUACCUGCAGAGAUCGGGGAGCUUUGCAGCCUCAUUACUCUAGAUGUUGCCCAUAACCAGUUGGAACACUUACCGAAAGAGAUUGGGAAUUGCACACAGAUAACCAACCUCGACCUGCAGCACAAUGAGCUCUUGGACCUACCAGAGACUAUAGGGAAUCUGGCCAGCAUAAAUCGCUUGGGUCUGAGGUACAAUAGAUUAUCAGCCAUCCCCAGAUCAUUAGCCAAAUGUCGAGAACUGGAGGAGCUGAACCUUGAAAACAACAACAUUUCAGUGUUGCCAGAGGGCCUGCUUUCAAGUUUGGUCAACCUGACGAGUCUAACACUGGCUAGGAACUGCUUCCAGUCUUAUCCUGUGGGCGGACCAUCCCAGUUUUCCACCAUCUACUCCCUCAACAUGGAGCACAACAGAAUCAAUAAGAUACCCUUUGGUAUCUUCUUCAGGGCCAAAGUGUUGAGCAAGCUUAACAUGAAGGACAACCAGUUAACAUCUCUGCCACUGGACUUUGGCACAUGGACGAGCAUGGUUGAGCUCAACCUGGCCACGAAUCAGCUGACAAAGAUCCCUGAGGACGUCUGUGGUCUCGUCUCUCUAGAGGUGUUAAUAUUGUCCAAUAAUCUUCUCAAGAAGUUACCACAUAGUAUUGGAAAUUUGAGGAAGCUACGAGAGCUUGACUUGGAGGAAAACAAGUUGGAAUGUCUGCCUAAUGAAAUCGCUUAUCUUAAAGAUUUACAGAAAUUGGUGUUGACAAAUAAUCAGCUGACUACGUUACCCAGAGGCAUCGGCCACCUCACCAACUUGACUCACCUGGGUUUGGGAGAGAACCUGCUGCAACACCUUCCCGAGGAGAUUGGUACACUGGAGAACCUGGAGGAACUGUACCUCAACGACAACCCCAACCUGCACAGCCUCCCGUUCGAGCUGGCCCUCUGCAGCAAGCUGUCCAUCAUGAGCAUCGAGAACUGUCCCCUCAGCCACCUGCCUCCGCAGAUCGUGGCUGGAGGCCCCUCCUUCAUCAUCCAGUUCCUCAAGAUGCAGGGACCGUACCGUGCCAUGGUCUGAGCCAAGAGCAGCUCAAUCCCAGUCCCACUUAUCCCCAAAACCCUUCAGUUGCUCAGCACCCUCUCGCCUGGCGCCCCCCCCCCCCCUCCACACAUUAGGUGUAUCAUACACUGUAAAGAAAACAGACUCGCCACAAUCAGCGUCGAGAGGGGAAGCGAAAGGAGGAGGAGGAGGAGGAGGAAGAAGAAGAGGAAAACAUUUCUUUCUCCAUCCUUAGGCAGAAACGAGGUGAAUCCUUGGAGACUUGACUCAUGUGUUCCUCCAGAGUUUAUCACAGUCAUUUUAGGACCCCAGCCGAACCCCUGCUCAUCUUUCAUUCCGAAUCAUACAAGAGGAAAAAUAUUUCCAUCUCUUUGCCAAAACUGAAGAUCUAUAAAAUUAUAUAUAUUGAGUAACUGUGAGCUAAGUGGCAAGUCUUUUAACCAUAUAAACCAUGCUCCCAUUGCCAAUGUAUUUACAGUAAUUACAAGCAUCUAUUAUGUGAGCAAGGAUACAAUUGUAUGCAAAAACAAACAAAAAAAGUCUUUUGAACUUCACAUUUACUGCUGCUGCCGUAAUUUUAACUGUCAUCUUGUUAUAUUUUCUUUUGAUAUUCCUUUUUUUUAUCAUCUUCCCUCGAGAUAACUUAUGUUAAUUGCUUCUUGACAAUAGAGAACAAAGGUCUAAUGAUGGUGUGUUAAUUUCUUAUUUUCAUUUUCAUUUUUUAAAAAUCUUUUAUGUUUUCUUUUUAAAAACUGUGCCUAUGUUUAGAGUGAUCCAGUGGUUCAUGUCUAAACUCAAUUGUCCAUGAGAAUACAAAGAUAUAAAUUAUUUCAAUAUUUUUUUUAUUACUGCUGUUUUUUCUUUUUACUUUUCGGUGUUUCUUUUUGCUGUUGCAUUAAUCUGUUCAAACAGGCGAUAUCAGAUGUACAAUAGGGUGAUUGGAGAUCCUUUUAACAAAUAGCAGCAGUAGUUGUUCAGCAUUAAGCUAGUAAUGUAUACAUAUGAGAAAUGCCAAUCAAACAUGCUUGAGGGGGAGAGAAAAAAAAAGUAGGUUGGACUUGAACGGGCGGCGCUGUGACCCCUCCGUCUGUGUGUGACCACAUGAUGUUGGAAACAAGUCAAACAUGUGUAGGUGAUGUGGUAAGUGCUCAGAGACGCUUUUAUAUAUGUAUACAAAUCCUGGUUGUUGCCCUGAGUGCAAUUUUUUGUUCCGUUUACUUGUUUUACAUUAUCUUCAGUGGUGGGCUGCAGAGCUGUAAUCCAGUUGACCAACAUAUCAGACGUUAUCUGGUUUGAAGCGCACGGUGGGUGUAUCAGCUUCAAUCGAGGUUUCAUAAUAAAACAUUGACAGGUAAAUUCUUCUUGACAAUUCUUUUUUUGUUAGUACCUUUUUUUUAAAACAGGGUCUUCCCAGUAAUCUUAAUGACAUGAUAGAAAAUAUUCCCUUGAUUUGAAUGUUUUUUUUUUUUGUAUCUCAUAUUUGUCCCACACUGUCCUGGCAAUGCUGCUGCUCUCAUGCACUUUUUUUUUUUUCCCCAAACAGACAUUGGCAACCUAUAUUUUGGCAAAAACACAGUAGCCUCUCAUUGAUUAUUUUGAAUGGGGGCAUUUUUUUGUUUCAUAAAGAAGUAUUUUAUCUGGUAACGGUUUAUCAUGUAAAUUUGUAUCAAUUUAAAUAUUAAUGUUGAGUUUCUCGGAACAGAAUAUAAUAAUUUUUCUUUGGGGGAAGUUUUUUCCUGUCAAACUGUCAAAGGGUCAUUGUGGAUAUGAUAUGGUUCCGAAUUCCCAUAUCCUGCUUUCUCUAUUGCAAGUGAAACGGCUUAUCGCAGUUCAGAUAAUUUGAAAUCAAUUCACGUUUAAUUGUUUAUUGUAUUGUUUAUUUAGUGUAUUCAAUUAGUAUUAUUUCAAGUGACUGUACAUUAAAAGUCCCAACAAAAGGUAAUCAAACCAAACAUUUUAUUUUCUUCUUAAAAAUGUGUUGCAUCCUGACUAUAUUCAAUCGUGUGUGUGUGUGUGUGUGUGUGUGUGUGUGUGUGUGUGUGUGUGUGUGUGUGUGUGUGUGUGUGUGUGUGUGUGUGUGUGUGUGUGUGUGUGUGUGUGUGUGUGUGUGUGUGUGUGUGUGUGUGUGUGUGUGUGUGUGUGUGUGUGUGUGUGUGUGUGUGUGUGUGUGCGCGCGCGCGCAGCGCUCAUCUCUGGGGGGGUCGGGUAUGGCUGGUGGGAAACCAUGUACCGCUGCUUCUAAUUUACCAGCAGAACAUAUUGCUGCUUGUUUGUGGACUUAUGCUGUAUGAGACUGGGGGGGGGGGGGGGGGAGCAUGAGGCGGGAAACCAUCCACUCCCGACACUGAUGCAGACUUUCAUUUGGAAAACAUAAAGCCCCUGACGAGGAACGAAUCCACUUACCUUUUUUCUUUCUUUUUCUCGAUUUCGCCCGGUGGGUUUCUCACAGAUCAAAUCGUUUGGACACAACGAUAAGACGACACAGGAAGGUGCAUAUUUGAGCUUAACGCAGUUACAGUAACAGACUGUCGGGAAAAGACAAAAAAAAAAAAUGUAAAAAGGGCUUUUUCUGUGUUCAUGCUCAACAACACACCGGAGGCAUUGCAUUCCUGGGUUUUAUAUAAAAGCUUUUGAAGUUUCUUUUGUGUAUUUGAUUUACUUUUAGGUGUAAACAAUUGUGUGAAAAUGCCUUCAAUGAGUACUCAAGGGUGAGAUGUGCAUUAGGUGUGCAGCAAGAGCGCUGUGACCCAUUUUUACAUUCAGUCUCUCUGUUUAUACUUUUAUCAUGUGCCAUCCUGCGAGGUUGAGAAUGCCAAUGUAUGAAGAGGAGGAGGAUGAUGAUGAUGGAGGGGGGGGGCUUAAAGGCAGAACCUGAACAGGGCUAAGCGCCCGGAGAGCAUUUAUCAGAUCCUGGAAUGUAGUAAAUACUUGCUGCGGAGGGGAUGGAGAACAGCGACUGGGCCGUUCAGUUGAAGGUGUGACCAGUUGGAUCAAAGUGAUGACUGUGUGUUGGGCACUGGUGCAUCCUGAAUAAUCGGAGUAUAAUUGGUGUUUAUUUUUCUAUCGUCUGUGACUUUUAGGCCAUGGCGAGCAUCACAGAAUCAAAGUAAUUUUGCACCUUAAGCUUUUUUUUCUUCUUCUUUUUCCUCCCUCUGAAUCGUACAACUUGUCUUUUUCCUGCCUGGUUGUUUUGUACAGGAACCAAGCAUGUUGAACACAUCUUUGACAUGAUUUUGUCUGGUUCAGAAUCAGGCGUUUUUGCAUAAAGGACUUGGAUUUAGUGGCUAUUUGGUGUUUCUGCAAACGCUCCCUUUUUGUAUAUUGCAAAGGGUGUUGAAGCAUUGUGUGGCAAUGCUUCUCCUACUUAAUCUACAUUGACAAGCAGCCUUAAUGGUCUUUUCUAUGUGUUUGUUUGGCUAUUUCUUGUGACUAUGGCCACUGACUGUACUUGAUGACAAGCAACUGGUCGUUACAAUGUAAAUUUGGAUUGAGUUUAUUUCUGUCUUAUUUUUUCCUUUUACUCUGUACAGUAAACGGUAGACUCAGUAUUACAAAAAAUCUGUAAUGUGAUGAGUUUUACAAAAAAAGACAAAUAGUGCGACGGAAGGUGAUGCCAUUAUGCUACCAAGUGGAUGUGCAUUAGCUUGCGUCUCACUUGUCUUUGGCAUUAAAGGGGAAUUCCACUAAAACUGACUUGCAUUGUUUUUCUGCUAAAGCAGAUCCUUUUUUGACAUAAAUCACCAAGAUGUUUUGCUUUUUUAAAUAGUUUUUCUUUAUGAGUCAUAUCAGAUUCAAGUCAUGAGAUCAGGGGACAUGAAAUUAUGCGACAUCAACUUUUAAUUGUCUGGAAUUGUAAAAAAAAAAAAAUCUUGAAAGCACAUAACUACAUAAAUGUCAACUUGUCCUUAAUUAAAACAUGCCAGUUUUGGUGGAAUAGCCCUUUAAUGAGGAGCCGCCUGGGAUUACCCACUGCGCUCCCAUACCUGAAACCCUAAAUCCCACCCACACACACUCGAGAGCUCACACACGUCUAUACUAUCUCCACACGUACUUGACUGCCUUUACGCGCACCAAGCAGAACCUUUAUGAACGUUUGAUUUAAUCAACAAAGACAGAUAAUCAUUUGCUUUUUCCUUUUUAUUUCUUCCUCUUAAUGUCAGUAAAGGGAUCUGGGUCCAUGGGUAGAAGCAGAGUUUUUGGGUCAGUUGUCUCUUGGACGAGCAGAUGCAGACAUGACUACCUCUAUGUGAGUCUCUAUUGCUAACCACAGUGAGCAAGAUCCAGUGUGACGUGUUUCUACCUGUGUACAUACUGUACAGAGCUGCAGGUUAGCAGCAGGAGCUUGGAUUCGGACCAGCAAAUUCAAUUGAAAGUUUCUUUAUGAGGCAUCCUUCUGUUGCUUUGACUUUUGGUUUUAUGCCUUUACAAAGUAUUAUUUGGCAAAUGGAUGAGACAAAAAAAUCCACUGAUUUGUGCGCUUGGUUGUAAAUGACAAACUUUAUCGAUGCCGCCCCAUUGUAAGACAGUUAUCCUGAAACCAACUGGCUGCAGAGAGCUACUUUGCAGCUGAGUGAGAAUGACCAUGUUUGGUGAUGUUCUGUAUGUACAUACAUCUUUUUAACUGUAAUAAACUGAUAAAUAUUUACAAAUUUA